UCCGAGCGAUCGCAACGAGCUGCAGUCGAAGCAGGUGCCGGUCAUAAUGAUUUAAUUCCGAUAUCCGGAAGCGAACGUUGAUCGUUUGUGUGCGUAGUGUGUUGCUGAAUUCGCAAUGGAUAAAUAUUUGCGAUGGUUCAUCAAAUAUCAGGCGUGCAUGAUCGCGAUGCUUACGCUAACGAUGGUGGUGGUGAUCACACCGGCGAUAUCCGACAAUGGCCAGCGUGAAAUUGAAAAUCUUCGUUUUGGGGGUCUCGUGGCUACAAUAUUUGGCUUCUCCUGGGCCGCAGCCGUCUUGUGUCUAGCACAUGCUAUAUAUAAGGAAGAUAAACGUUUUAUAUACCCGUACGUGGUCGUGUUCGGAUUGGAUCUCUCAUUGCUGAUACUGCGCGAAUUCUACCUCAUGGUAAUCCAUGGGUUUUUUAUAGAAAUAAUGACGCUUAAACUAUUCAUCGCUACGCUAAUCGUACCGUACGUGUUUGCCAGUCUGUUUGCGCUGCAUCGACUUUUUACCGUGGACCCAAUUGAAUCUGAGCGGACCGAAGGGUUUGUGCGCUUCGAUCGCAACGAGAUGACCGUUGUCGAGGAGCCAAACACAACCAGCAAUUCGACGAACCGCACAAUACCAGAAGUCGCAUAGGUUGUGGUUAAAUGUAAAACACGAAGGCAGUGUGUAGGCAAAGCCGUCUACACAUCAUGCAGCCUUCUGCAGGACAAGUUACAGUAAGUGAGUUAACAUAGCUUCUAAAACAAUGGCAAAGUUACCUUUCUAAUAAAUGCUUCUGAAUUGAACAC